AAACAGUUCUGUAAGGAGAUGGCUUAACACACCUGUGACACACAUCACCAGCGCGCAGAUGAAAAGAUUCCGAAAAUAUGUCAACGAGAAAGAUCAACAACUGCAUGCCAGCACCUCCAAGUGUGAUCCUUCAUCAUGGCCAGGUGAUGAAGCUGAACUGGUGGCUGCAAGUCAGGCUGUGGAAGGUGGAGCUGGAGGGUUGGGUGCGUCUGUGGGAAAACCCCAAUGGCAUCCCAUCUGCCGACAUUUCAUGGCUUAAAGAGGACACUGAAAGAGGGCUUUUCACCCCCAUUCAGAUGUAUAAGGAUGUCAAUGGUCUGGUGAAGAGGCGACGGGUGAUGAAGUCAGACCGUAUGUGGUUUUAUCCGCCAGAACCUCCCGGCUAUGUAAAGGGGGCUAUACCCCUGCCACAGCUCUUUUUUCGGAGCCGCGUCUUUGUGUGGCGCCCUGUUGGAGUGUGGAAGUGCUCCCUGAAGUGUCCUCGAGGGGAUGAGUGUGAGGGCAGAGGAAAGAAGGUGUACCUCUACAAGUCUGGCUACCACACCAGGGUACGUCACAUCUGCGACGUAUCCAGUUGGUACAGCAUGCUGACGGAGGUCCUGUGCUGUGGACCAUGCCUCAAAGCAGCCAGGGGCGGCAAAGGUGGCAAAAUGGGUCGGUGCAUGGCGUGGGAUCAAUCCAUUUUAUCCCAACUUAGCGAGGCUCAUCAAGCUAUGUUCCCUGCCAUUCUCACCUCCAAGCGUGGCGUGGAUAGGAAUGUUGUGCGCCUUCUGAGGGACCGGACCGAAGGGAACACCAUGGUCAAGGUGUGGCGGCAGAUACAGGAGAAUCACACCGAGUUGUACUUUCAGCGCAAGGACCUGUACACCACACUCCUCAUGACUGUGGCUGAACCCGGAGGUAUUGUGUCUGCGCUCGGACACACGUUUCAGCCACCGCCUCCUCCGAGAGAGCUUCCGUCCGCGCGGCUCUUGCGCCACGCCUUCCUGCUGUCAGAGGCUGACAACGUGCAGGAUUAUCGGAGCCAGAUCCUCUCCACCUUUGGCACUGUGCUGAAAAUGGAUUCCACCAAGAAAGUGGUGAAGAAGCUGUCUGGGGAGGCUAAAGGCUCUGCUGAGUGGUUCACCAGUAUUGGAAACGAGCACUCCCAAAUAGUUUCAUUCGUGCUGACCUGUGAGGAGUCAACAGAGAAGCUGCAACCCAUGUGCCACGCGGUCGUGGAGAGGUUCCGGCUGGCAAAUCAGCCAGUCCCGAAAAUAUUGUACGUCGACCGUGGGUGUUGCUCUUCGCGCGUCCCGACAGCGGUGGAGUCUUUGUUCCAGCCGUGGGUGGACAGUGGGAUGGUUGUGCGUCUGGACAUAUUCCACUGGAUCCACCGCUUUGACGCAGCCAUACGAACAGAGUCACACUCCAAAUAUGCUGCGUUCAAGUCUGCUCUAGCUGGGGCAGUGCUGGCCUACAACCGCACAGACUUGGACCUGCUCAUCAAGGCUGUCAGAGCCAAGGACCCGGCCAGCCUGAAGUCCGUCUCUGACAAGGACAUGGUCCAGCUCUAUGUUUCCAAGGAGCAGCUCAAACACCACGUGCGGAGAGUCACACUCGGGGCUCAAGAGACAUUCCAACUCAUCCAGAUGGCCAUUGAGGAGCUGAAAGGUCCUGCUGGGCUGGAUGAGAGUGGAGUGAGCCUCUUCAAAACACCUGAGGCCAUUGAUGAGAUGUGGGCAGGGCAGCAGCGACACCUGGAGUGCAUUCAGGAUCCGCCAGACAUGAGUAUGUACAGGGUGGCACGCAGCACAACAAUCAACAACGUGGAUGUGGCCUACUACAAAUGUUUGCGUGGAAGCAAUAGCCUGGAAGGAUUCCACAAAGUGCUGCCGCACAUGAUUCCAGGUCCCCACUGUGCUGCACGGCCUUAUCAGGUUUACUUGAUAAGUGGCAUUGCAAGGUGGAACUCAGACAGGAGCUCAGAUGCCGUGUUUGGUGGCAGAGGACGGCACCACAGGACAUACUCGGCGCCGCUGAUUGCCCGCCUCAAUGCCCGCUGUCAGCAGCUCUUUGGAGAGGUUGUGGAGGAGAAUUUCUGGGCCCCUGCUGAUGUUCCCUCCGACGAGCUGCUCGGGUUGGAGUACCUGUUCAGCCAAAGCACGGGGGAAUCAGGACCCUUCUCUCUUCAGGGCAUCAUUAACGAUGGGCCUGAUCCAGAGGACGAGGUGCUUCAGCCUGGGCAGAUGGAUCCAGAGGUGGAAGACGAGGCGUACCAGAGCGACGUGGAGGCACAAGCUGAUGUCUUGGAUGCCGCCCUGACGCACAUCACUGUCACCAGUGAGGAAACUUCCACUGCUCACCCUCCGGCCUUUGAGGAUGCCUGCAGUCCAAACCCUCUUCCUGGCUUUGGGAAGUUGGAGGUGUUCUGCUCUGUGCUGGUGGAGAUCGGGCUGACAGAGGACAAGCUGUCCCUCACCACCGCGCAGAGGAACAAGGUUCUCGUUGCCUGGAACCAAGUGGAGGAGCAUGACAAGCAGCCACAGAAGUUUAAUCAGCUGUACAAGACGCACUGGGGCAACACCCUCUACUGCCGUACCAAGAGGGACGAUCUGGUUGAUGCUGCUGUUGUACAGAAGGUCAAGAUGGCCAAGCGCUACGCACCAGCUCAGCAAAACAUCAGCGUACACCACAACAGGCUGAUGUACACGCUGGUUAAACUAUUGUGGCUGCGCGUAAGUCAUGGACCUCGCAGCAGUCCAGAAAAGCCCUCCAUCUUGAAGGCGUAUGAGAGGAUCCAGCACCGGAUUUUGUUGGAGGAUCCGGUCUUGUGCAAAGCUGGCAUUCCUCUGCCCAAGAUAAACGCUAAGACUGUGCGGGACUUCAUCCAGCGCCAAGAGAGGCUCCUCAACCUACAUGCCACCAAACAACCGUCCACCAUCCGCAAAUCCACCUCCAUCUCAUCCGUAGCCCUACCUCCAGCACCGCACCAGCCAGCGGUCCUCCCUCCACCAGACUACCCCCUGAUGGAAUAUGUGCCAACACCCAGCACAGCAGGGACAAAAGUCCUGAAGGGAAGGACCGACACAACUGUGUCAUGGGCCCAGCCUCAACCACCACCUGUGCUACUGCCACCACAGGUGAAAAAAACCCCUGCCACCUCUACCAUCAGCAGACCUGUGCCCUCCCUCUCUGCACCUGCAGCAGCCCCAGAGAUUGCCGGCCCCUCCACGCGGCCCGUAAUACCUGCCAGUCCGACAACCUCCGGGAUGAUUGCUGCAUCGUCUACAGUGGUCCCUCCGACUCCGCCCAGUCCUCCAUUCUGGGCGAGAGCAACACAGUACAAACGUAAGAUGAGGGAACAGCCCACAGAGGAAGGAGGCAAGCUGUCACGGGUGCAGAAACUUCCAAUCUGUACGCUCUGCAACAGCACAACACAGGGACAUAAAAAAUAUAAAAAAAAGACUUUCUGCCCUGUCAAAAUGAUGUCAACAUCUAAACAACUACACAGCAGAGUGUACAGCAGCUACGAACAUUUCAUGUCUGUUGUUGACAGUUUGGACAAAUGAACUGUGAAUAUGCUGCAUUGUACAUAUUGUAAAUAGUUGCCAUACUCUUUAUAUAUUGUUGAUAGUUGCCAUUUUCAUGUACAUAUUGUAAAUAGUUGCCAUACUCUUGAUAUAUUAUUGUAAAUAGUUUCCAUACUCUUUAUAUAUUGUUGAUAGUUGCCAUUUUCAUGUACAUAUUGUAAAUAGUUGCCAUACUCUUUAUAUAUUGUUAAUAGUUGCCAUUUUCAUGUACAUGUGCUUUUAUAAAUUGUAAAUAGCCUUCAUUUUUACUCAUUUAAUUCUCUAUCCUAUUCAAUUACAUCUUUUAAGUUAUCUAAACUGUAGUGUUUUUGGUGUAGGUAGAAAUUCUACUUGCAUGUCAUUGGACAAAUUGUAAAUCAUUUCAAUUUUCAUGUACAUGUUCUUUUUAUGACAUUGUAUUCAUUAUCGUGUUCAGUGAUACUUUGUUUACGCGCUGUUUUUUUCCCUCCAAGUGUGUGUCCCUCAUUUCAUGCAGUUUGUUCAGUAAAGUGUUCAGUAACAA